GCUGAGUUGCUGUUUGUGGCCUGCACUGCUCUUGGCUCCCCACAGGAUUUUCCUAUUGUGUGUGAAGGUGUUUCUUUUUUCCUGCAGCUGGCCCCCCUGCCAGGCCACAGGGCCCAUUCAUUUCCAUCUAGAAAUCUCUACAGCUGGCCUGCUGCCACCGUGCAGGGGUUGCCUUGGAUGCGUAUUCUCUUGUUUUGGAGCACUGUGAGCGAAUACACUCAUCUGACUCCCGCUUGGACUCGCGCAUAGCCUGUGCGGCUGCAGUAAACAGAGCAGCGAGAGAAUGGCAGCGAGGGAACGGAGCCCGGCCUGGCUCACAGACACUUACUUGCACACAGCUGAGAGGGCCAGCCAGUCCUCUGCACACAUAGACACAAACAAGCCUGUGCUUCUGCAGCUGGAACGCAGUGGGUUGAUCGUUAACUCAGAGGCGGCAGCAGCAGCAGCAGCAGCAGCAGCAGCGAGGCAGCUUAAACAAGUCGAGAAGUCCCCGGCUAAUUAGCAGCUCCCAAAAUGGCAAAUGACAGCACAGAUGAACUGACAGCUGAGGAGACACCAGAGGCUGAACCCAUAUAUGAAACUCUGACAUACCUGGACAAAACAGAGCAGAACCAACGGCUGGCUGUGGAGGAGCUCAUCAACACAGAGACCAGUUAUGUACAGAACCUUCAGCUGUGUAUUUCAGAUAUCCGUAAUCACCUCCAGAAAAAGCAGCUACCUGAGAUUGACCUGGAAGGACUUUUCUCCAAUAUAGAUGAUGUCCUGCACAUCUCCAGACGUUUCCUGAAAGGACUUGAAGCUGCAAUGAACCAGGAGCACGAGCAGCUCUACCGUAUCAGCACCUUAUUCCAAGAGCUCAAAGAGGAGAUGGAGAACGUCUAUAAAAUUUAUUGUGGUGACUAUGAUCAAGCUCUUCUACUGCUGGAGAUUUACAGGAAUGAGCCAAGGCUGCAGAAAGAGAUUGUGGAUACCCUGACUGUCACAGUGCCUCACAUUGGGGCUUCAGACCUGAGCUUCUUCCUGGUGAUGCCAGUGCAACGGGUCACAAAAUACCCACUGCUGCUGCAGAAGAUAUUGGAAAAUACCCCAGUCAGCGACAGUGCCUAUGGAGCUCUCCAAGCUGCAGCUGCUGCUAUGACAGACGUCAAUGCCAAUAUCAAUGAGUACAAAAGACGCAAGGAAGUAGCAAAUAAAUAUAACAAGCCUGGGUAUCUGACUCUGCGGGAACGCCUGGCUCGCCUCAACCCCCACUCCAUUGCCAAGAAGACCACACGACUGAGCCGCCUCUUUAUGCAGGAAGCUGGAAUUGUGCCUAAGACAAAGGACAAAGAGUUUGACACACUGGAAGAAAAGUUCCAAGAUUUGUCAUCAGCUGUAGCCGAUCUGAAGGAGAAUGUGGCCUCUUUCCUGAGCAACACAGAGGCGUUCCUCAGCUAUAAACCACAUGAGAACGAACUAGGAACAGAAGGAGGGACUAUCCAACAAUAUUGCCAGCUUGAAGGAAAACUCCACAGCACUGUCUUUGCUGAGUUUAGGAGACGACUGGAGAACCUGGUGUACCUUCCACUGGUCAACUUGUCAGAGACUCUGAAAGGGCCUCAAAAACUGAUCAAGAAGCGCUUGGACAAGCAGCUGGACUAUGAGGAAUUUGAGGAGAAGAAGAAUGAGACAGGCAGUGUGACAUAUGAAGAGGAGGCUGCCAUGAAUACCUAUCUCGCCAUAAAUUCGCUGCUUGUGUCUGAGCUCCCAGUGUUCAACCAGGUGGCCCUGCAGUGGCUGGGGCAUAUUCUGCGUACUUUUGUGGCCUUUCUGAGGGAUCUGGCCAGUCAAGUUCUCCAAGAGGCAGAACGGGAGGCUGCCCAGCUGCCACACAGACACCUCCCUGCACCUGAUUUUGGGAAGAUGGUGAAGGACUCUUUAAGCCAGGCUGAAGCUCAGCUCUACUCCUACUGCAAGAAAUUUGAGACUGUUAUGCCAAGCUCUGUUGCAGAGCCUCUUAGCCCUGCAGAGGAGAGGAAAGUCCAUUUGCUCAUGAGCAAACAUGGCCCAGAAAAGCUAUAUCAAGUGACAAGCAACACCAGCGGCAGCAAAAACAUGGACUUGGUGUUGCAGAGGGGGCAGAUUGUGGCUCUCUUGCAUGACAGGGACACCAAGGGCAACACUAACCGAUGGCUGGUGGAUAGUGGAGGACCAAGAGGUUAUGUAUCGCCUGGGAAACUCCAGCCAUAUCAUCUAGUCCAAAACCCAAAACCCAGAAUGCAGGUGUCAGUCCCAGGUGGUGGUGGUGGUGAACAGAUGCAUCAGCCAUACAACUUGCCCCAAGCUCCCAGCCCAGCACUUCAUUUCAGGGCACAGGCUUUACAUGUAGUUGCUGGUUAUCCAUUCGCAGCCAGAAGCAGUCAUGAGGUCAGCUUGCAAGCAGGUGAGCCAGUGACUGUGUUGGAGCCUCAUGACAAGAAGGGAUGCACAGAGUGGAGCCUGGUGGAAGUGAAUGGCCAGAAGGGCUACGUGCCUUCCAGCUACUUGGUGACGGUGCCUAUCCCAGAACCACCUGGAUGGGGCUCACCUGCUUGGCCAUAUCCAGCGCCGCAGACAUAGCCAUAAGGAGGUGCUCAAUUUCAGAAGUUAGCUGUGCUGUCACAUACCUGCCCUUUCCAUUUCCUCCAUGAGACUUUUCAUAUUAUGCAGUGAACAAAGAGGCAGGCAAAGGGACCAGCAGUUUUGUGGAUUGACAUGAGUGUCAAGGAGGGAUUCAUGUCCUGCACAUAUUGAAAAGGUGUGAUUGGAUAUGGAUGUACGGCUGCUCAUAGCGGCCUGAUUUUUUGAAAUUGUGUUUUCUUAACCUAACACUACUGAUAAGAUUCUUCCACAAGUAUUUUGAGGGAAUGUUCUCAUACAGAUGUAGCCUUCGGCUCAUCACUGGCUUUACUUGAUAAAGGGAUGUUCACAUGUGUCAAGUAAAUUACAGGGACAACAGACUGAUGUAUUCAUUCCAGGAUAACCAUCUCAAUUGGCAUCAGCAGGCCACCUAAACAAAGAGAUCAUGUGUCACAGGGCAAUUGAGCGCCUUUUUUGCUUUUGUUGAAGUGAUGUUCUCCUUUUGACACAACAUUAGUGGGGAAACAGCCAAAGAAACUGGCUCAGUGUUUUCCACUGAUGUGCAUGGUCUGCCACCUCCAAAGAUGCUAAGCCCAGUCCUGAUCUCUGAUAAUAAAUCAGCUUUAAUAAACUA